AUGUCGUUCAUAACGCUUCUGGGUAUAUUGUACCUAUCGGUAUAUGGGUCGGCGAAACCUUUGAAGGGUGCCUUCGCCCCUCGGCAAGUUGAGUCUCCUACAGGUUCCCUAGACGCUGUCUCUACCGCUUGCGGAGACAUCAUUGUCGCUGUAAACAAUGACUAUACGCUACUCCGUGCAUCACUGGUGUACGAGUGCUUGCAGAGUAUUCCCUUCAACCCAGCUGUCGCAAUACGCUUUCUCGACUAUUACAACAUGACGUUGCAAUCUCAAUCUACACUGGGAUAUCUCAAAGCGUCGCCCGUGGGCUACCAACAACCACCAUUCGACGUAAACCAAGCCCUAGAAGAAAUCAAGCAGAACGUGGCUGGGGCUGUUUACAAGAAUCAAUACGAGUUUGAAACACAACUUCAGCUCCUGGUCCAUCAACUACGUGACACACAUGUCAUUCUCAAUGCGGGUGCUCUCUCGGCGUUCUCUUUUGUUGGCUCGUUUGGGCUUGAGUAUAAAGCGUCACCUGUGACCCAUAUCAACGGCAUUGACGUGAUCGAAUAUCUGGAAAGCUUUGCCGAACAGAACUCUCAAGGCUUCUUAGAACCAAAUGCCGACUGGAACGGAAUAAUGGACAGCCCUGCAAUGGAUAUUCAGGGGUUCUCGAGUAUAUUCCAAUCACCGAAGCUUUACCCUGGGAACGAAGCCUUUUCUGAUGCGCUCAAUUUCACCCUCAAAAACGGUACCGUCGUCGAAUCCGUCUGGUGGGCACUCUGCGUCGGUUGCAGAGAGACAAGACCUAUUACCACUGGCGGCGAUUUCUAUCAUUACUUUGUCCUAGGAUUCUUGCCAGACAGCUACCGUGAAGGCGAGCAGUGGUGGCCAACCAUGGAAGACGAAGUUGUCCCUCCAACCAACAACAGCGACGAUGGUUUCAACUUUACAGCGAUACUGGAAAGUUAUUGCACAGAUGGAGCUACAUCAAUCCAAAACUGGUGCAUGGACAGUUUUGGUGCAUACCCGAAUACCCCCAUGACCACCCAAGCUGAUCUCUCGGUCGUAGGAGGGGGCAUCGUAUCUAGCUAUAUGCUAGAUUACAAAUCCACUGCAGUCCUCAGCAUACCCUCCUUCUUUCAGGACGGUGACGAUUCAUCCGAUUUUCGGCAAGCGAUCCACGACUUCAUCGGUAAUGCGUCACAAAGCCAUGCUUCUCGUGUCAUCAUUGAUCUACAACAAAAUUACGGGGGCACUGUCUUCCUUGCCUACGAUACCUUCAGACAUCGUCAACGCAGUCACGAGCUGAGAAAUAUCCUUGGUGAAGCUUAUACAGAGUGGUGGGAUCAGUCAGGGCACAAUCAACCUGACAACUACUACUGGGCGUCGAACGAGUGGAUCGUUACCAAUCGGAUCAACGCCGCUAUUGGAAAAGACUUUGCGUCUCGGAGCGAGUUCUACGGCCCGGAAACCAGCAAUGGUGAUAACUUCUCAGACAGUCAACAAUACGAUUUGUCCGAUACGGAUUUUGAUUAUGCCGCAUUCGGAGACUAUCCAUUUGGAUACAACCCCGACGAUCCCAUCACCAACACUUCACCACCUUGGGCUCCUCAAGAAAUUGUCAUUCUUACUGACGGCCUCUGCUCCUCAGCAUGUGCUGUCUUUGUUGAGUUCAUGACCUACCAUGCCGGAGUCAAAACCAUUGUCGUUGGUGGUCAGCCUAAGUCCAGUCCUAUGCAAGCAGUCGGAAGCACUCGUGGCGCCGCCUCGUACUCUUCUGACGAUCUCGACUACGAUUUCGAUGCAGGGCUGCAGUAUCUACCAGUUGACAAGCCUGAGGUAGCUUCGCAACUGCCUAACCGAACGGAUACAGGGAUGUGGAUCAAUUACGCUGGUUUCACAAUCCGGAAUCAAGUGCGCGGCACAGAAUUAACGCCGCUGCAGUUCCAAUAUCAGGCUGCCGAUUGUCGUAUCUAUUACACGCUUGAGACGGUCUAUAACAUGACACAACCUUGGAGCUACACCGCUCGUGCAGCGUGGGACGACCCAACUCUUUGUGUCCAAGAUUCAACAGGAUAUCCAACGGCCCGUAACGAGACGUCUGCCAAACCACCUCCAUCAGCUACGCCAGCCGCACCCGCAGUUUACGAUUUCUCGCCAUCGCCAUCUGCCGACAACGCAACAUUUGAACUUCUCGACGGUCCUAGCAAUAGAAGAUCUGCUGGUGAGAUCACGCUCUGCAACAGCAAUUGCCAGUGUCGUGACAUGGAGGUGACAUGCUCCGGCCGAACGAAGAUUGUCUCUGCUUGUCUCCCAUCAUGCAUAACUGUUUCGAACGAUCCAGUCGGUGAUUGUAGAGGAAAGGGCUACUUUUGCUCUACGAUUGGGGUUCUGCAAUCGAAAUAUAACGACAAGGCUACCUCUAGGGGUACUAAUGUGGUGACAUACUACGGUGUCUAUAAGACAAAGGAUCAAAAAUUCUGCCUGGGUUAA